AUGACGAUGUUUCUUCGAAGAAGAGUAUUCAUUAGUAAAGGAGGGAGAGCAGCAGCAGACGCUUCUUUUUUGUCUUCUUCUUCUUUGUCUUCUUCUUCUUUGUCGUCGUCGUCUGAAUCGUUCGUUUCGUCGAGGAGAUCGAUCGGGACGACGACGAAAUUCAUCAGCGGAACGACCACCAAAACGACUUCUUCUUCUUCUUCUUUGGCUUCACGAGAGGUUGGGAAAGAUGAGAAUACUAACAAUAAUAAUAAAGAGAGAGACGAAAACGAGAGACUAAACGCGACGACGAUUCAGACGACGACGGGGAAAACGAAUUUGACGACGAAAACGAACGGGCGAAGAUCGACGUCGAACUAUCGAAGGGAGAUUCAGAAGCGUUUGAUGGAAGCGACGAGCAAAACGAUGAAGAAAACGAACGAAUCGGCGAGUUGGAAACGAACGUUACGGCUCAAACGUGAGGAGAAAAUGGACAAUCGAGAGUGUUGGACGGUGAAAGAGUUCAUCGAAAAGAACUGUUUGUCGUCGGCGGCGGCGGCGUAUUCGGCGUCCGACACAGACGAAGACGAGAUGGAAGCAGACGACGACGACUUUACGAUGACGAUGAUGGAAGCGGAGGACAUAGAAGAGGAGGCGGUUUUGGCGAUGCUCAGGAAGAGCGCUCGAGCGGCCGCGCUCGCCGAACGCAGGGAAGAAGAGAGUUUAAAAGACGGAGACGAUGAUUCAGAUAAUUCGGAUUUAGCCGCCUAUUACAACUACGUAAACGCGGUCAAAAAUUCCAAAGACGACGGCUUUUCAAACGUUCACUACUACUCGGACGCGGACGAAGACGAAAUCGAAGCCAAACUCGAGUCCAUUCAAGGCUUGUUGGACGCUUUGCGCGAAGAAGAAGGCAAAGAAGAAGAAGAAGAAAGGACGACGACAAACAACAACAACUCAAAAGCGAGAGCAAACAAAUUGGAAUCGUUACAAACGAUCAUGGACCAAGUGUACUCGUUUCGUGAGCAGCAGCAACAACUCGCGUUGUUGCCGGAAAUCGUCGUUGGAAGAACGAGCAAAAGCGAGGAUUUAGACGCCAACGACCUAGACGGAAAUGACGACGAAAACGCGCGGGGAAGUGUAAAUGGUGGUGGUACUAUCUUCCGAGCCGACAGCGUGAAACGAAAGAGGAAGAAAGCCAUGAACAAGCACAAGCACAGGAAGAGGAAGAAGAAGGACAGGUUUAAGAACAAAUAA